AUGCUCUGUGGGCAUCCUUGGUGCCCCUUGGCCUCCUUUCUCAUCACCGUGACAGCUGAUAUUAGGCCUAAGGUACAGGCCGGAUCCAAGACGGGAGCCCCGCGCUCCUCGGGCCGGUCGGUGCUCGACCACUCGGAAGCGCCGUGGACACGCUUCGUCUUCCAGGGGCCUUACGGCCCCCGGGCCACUGGCCUGGGGACUGGAAAGGCGGCGGACAUCUGGAAGACGCCAGCCGCCUACAUCGGCCGGCGGCCGGGGGUCACCGGCCCCGAACGCGCCGCCUUCAUUAGAGAGCUACAGGAAGCUCUAUGUCCCAACCCACCUCCCACCAAGAAGAUCACCCAAGAUGACAUCAAAGUGAUGCUCUAUUUGCUGGAGGAGAAAGAGCGGGAUCUGAGCACAGCGGCUCGCAUCGGCCAGUCUCUGGUGAAACAGAACAGCGUCUUGAUGGAGGAAAACAGCAAACUGGAAGCCAUGCUGGGCUCUGCCAGGGAGGAGAUUUUACACCUCAGACACCAGGUGAACUUGCGAGAUGACCUCCUUCAGCUGUACUCGGACUCAGAUGAUGAGGAUGAAGAUGAGGAAGAGGAGGAAGAAGAGGAGGAGGAAGAGGAGGAGGAGGAGGAAGAGGAGGAGGAGGAGGAGGAGGAGGAAUUCGGAAGAGAGGAAGAUCGGCCCUGUGACCAUCCCUAUGAUGUCUCCAAACCGGCUCCUCAGGAGGAGUCGCUGCACCACUGCCCGCAGCUGGAGGUCCUGCAGCGCAAGCUGAGGCUGCUGGAGGAGGAGAAUGACCAGCUGAGGGAGGAGGCUUCUCAUCUCGACACCCUGGAGGACGAGGAGCAGAUGCUCAUUCUGGAGUGUGUGGAGCAGUUUUCCGAGGCCAGCCAGCAGAUGGCCGAGCUGUCCGAGGUGCUGGUGCUCCGGCUGGAGAACUACGAGCGGCAGCAGAAGGAGAUCACCCAGCUGCAGGCCCAGAUCGCAAAGCUGCAGCAGCGCUGCCAGUCGUACGGGGCUGAGACUGAGAAGCUGCAGCAGCAGCUGGCCUCUGAGAAGGGAAUCCACGUGCAGCUCCAGGCCGAGAACCUUCGGGCGGGCUCCCAGAUGCCAGACCCACGGGAGAAGUACACAGACUGUGGAGGCAUGAUGCGUGAGCGCCAGGAGGAGGCAAAGCACCUGCGCCAGCACCCCCGGGCACCCGCCGGCUCUGUCACCCAUUAUGCGUACAGUGUACCUCUGGAGGUACUUCCAAGUUUCCCGGAAACUCUGGCGGAGGAGCUCAGAACCUCUCUAAGGAAGAUCAUCUCAGACCCGGCAUAUUUUAUGGACAGAUGCAGCAACCUUCGCUAUAGGGAGGAGCAAAAGCAGGAGCCGGAGGAGUUCAGGGCUGAACAGGGGUUUAAGCUGCCACCGGAUAUGGAUCCUGCAGAGGAGCUAGUGCCUGAGGAGGAGCUGGAGGCCAGAGAAGAGAGGGAGCCAUCUGAGGAAGGGCUGGCAGAAGAGUCAGAGCUGAUGUCUGAGGACACGGAGGCCUGGGAGGAGUUGGAGCCGGAGGUGGAUGAGGCCACUCGGAUGAAUGUGGUGACCUCCGCCCUGGAGGCCAGUGGCCUAGGCCCUUCGCAUCUGGACAUGAAGUAUGUCCUCCAGCAACUGGCCAACUGGCAGGAUGCCCAUUGCAAGCGGCAGCAGCAGCAGAAGGUGGCCCAGAAAGGCUCCCCAAACCUGCAGCAGUGGCAGACCCAGGCCAAAACAAACAUGGGGGGCGGGAUCGAGGAGCAGCAGCCCAGGGUGCCAACCCAGGACUUCCCCAGGCUGGAGGAGGAGAGGGCCAGCCCCCCUCCCAAGGCCUGGGAGGAAGAGGGGCCUUCUGGGGCUACCUAGGCCUUUGGGACGAAGGCCUCCACCAGCAAGGGCCACAGUCGGACCAGUCC